GCACCGGGUGCAGCGAAAGCUCUGGGCAGCGCCGCGGCCUUUCGGCCUCCGAGAGACGGCAGCGAACCAUUUGAAAGUAAGUUGCAGACAAGACACUGUACCUGUAAAUACUUCAGCAUGUAUCUCCUAAGAACAAAGAUAUUCUCCUAGAGAGGGAGGGAGAGGAAGAGACAGAGAAACAUCAGUGAUGAGAGAGAAUCAUUGAUCGACUGCCUUCAGCAUGCCCCACACCAGGGAUCGAGCUUGCAACUUGGGCAUGUGCGCUGACUGGGAAUUGAACCGUGACCUCCUGGUUCAUAGGUCGACGCUCAACCACUGAGCCACACUGUUCAGAACACAGAGGCUGGGCCAGCUGGUGCCAUCAUGGCAGAAAGAGUGAACAACUUCCCACCACUGCCCAAAUUCAUCCCGCUGAAGCCGUGUUUCUACCAGGACUUCGAGGCAGACAUCCCCCCCCAGCACCUCAGCCUGACCAAGCGCCUCUACUACCUCUGGAUGUUGAACAGCGUCACGCUGGCGGUGAACCUGGUGGGCUGUCUCGCGUGGCUGAUUGGAGGUGGGGGAGCCACCAACUUUGGCCUCGCCUUUCUCUGGCUCAUCCUCUUCACACCCUGCUCCUACGUCUGCUGGUUUCGGCCCAUUUACAAGGCCUUCAAGACUGACAGCUCCUUUAGCUUCAUGGCAUUUUUCUUCACCUUCAUGGCCCAGCUGGUGCUGAGCAUCAUCCAGGCUGUGGGCAUCCCAGGCUGGGGCAUCUGCGGCUGGAUUGCCACCAUCGCCUUCUUUGGAACAAACGUUGGCUCGGCGGUGGUGAUGCUCAUUCCCACCAUCAUGUUCACAGUCGUGGCUGUCUUUUCCUUCAUUGCCCUCAGCAUGGUUCAUAAGUUCUACCGGGGCAGUGGGGGAAGUUUCAGCAAAGCUCAGGAGGAGUGGACCACGGGGGCAUGGAAGAACCCACACGUGCAGCAAGCAGCCCAGAAUGCAGCCAUGGGGGCGGCCCAGGGUGCCAUGAAUCAGCCGCAGACUCAAUAUUCUGCCACCCCCAACUACACAUACUCUAAUGAGAUGUGAGCCAGCCAAGCCUACUGGGAGGCAGGGCUGGGGGAUGAUGGGAUGCGGCUCAAGUCACAUAAUCUCUUGUGGUGACCAAGCAGGGUUCUCCGUUUCCUUUUCUCCUCACCCUUUUCUCCUUUCCUUUGUACAAAGAAAAAAAAAUAUAUAUAUAUAUAUCCCCUGCCCCUUUGGAUUUUGCUCUGAGCAUUCUGAGAGCUAGAGGCUGCACAUGGAGCUGCCCAUGUUGCGGUAGUCGUUGUGUCCAUGUCCCAUGUGAAGUAGUGUGCAGUGGAGGUCUUGGUUGUGGUGUUAGAUGUAUGUUUAGAACUAAAUCAGCCCCCCACCCUCCAUCUGGCUACUCCCUCUGACCUUGGCCCAAGGACCCCUCAUGGGACAGGAGGCAUAGCAGCGAGAGCCCGCUUCCCCCCUCUCCCCCCAGCCCCAGGGUUAUGAGUUGAAACUGUUUCCACUUUUGGUCUCAUUGAGAAGUGAUACUGUUUAGCACU